AGUUCAGAACUCCUCAGACAUGCACAGUCCAUAAUGUCAGCUGUAAAUGACACCAAAUUGAACUCUGCAGUGUUCCUUCUCACCGGGAUACCUGGGCAGGAAGACGUCCAUCUCUGGAUCUCUGUCCCCUUCUGCUUAAUGUAUGUUAUUUCGAUAGUAGGAAAUUCAGUCAUUCUCUUCAUUAUAAAAACAGAUCCAGGCCUCCAUGAGCCCAUGUACAUUUUCCUGUCCAUGUUGGCUGUCACAGACCUUGACUUAUCGAUAUCCAGCAUGCUGACGACACUGGGUAUAUUCUUGUUUAACUCUAGAGAGAUCAGCCUCAAUGCCUGUUUUGCCCAGCUGUUCUUCAUCCACGUGCUUAAAUACACUGAAUCCUCUGUGCUCUUGUUGAUGGCCUUUGACCGCUUCAUCGCGAUCCAUAAUCCACUGAGAUAUGCUUCCAUCUUAACCCUGCCAAGAAUAGCCAAGAUGGGACUGGUGUGUGCGCUAAGAGGGGUGGCUCUAAUACUCCCAAUCCCUUUUCUCCUUCAACGGUUUCAAUAUUGUCGAGCCAAUGUCCUCUCACAUUGCUGCUGCCUAAAGCAGGAGGUCAUGAAGAUGGCUUGUUCGGAUAUCAGAGUGAACAGCAUCUAUGGCUUGUUGGUUACAAUCUUUACAGUGUGGGUGGACUCACUGCUCAUCUUUCUCUCUUAUGUGAUGAUCCUCAAGACAGUGCUGAGCAUCACGUCCCAUGCAGAGUGUCUUAGGGCUCUGAACACCUGCGUCUCUCACCUCUGCGCUGUCCUGCUCUUCUACACGCCAAUGAUCGGCCUCUCUGUGAUGCACAGAUUUUGGGAGGGGUCUUCUCCUUUGCUUCAGAUUCCCCUGGGCUAUAUCUAUGUUCUCGUCCCACCCGUGAUGAAUCCAAUUGUGUACAGCAUGAAGAGCAAACACCUUCGUGCGAGGAUAAUUAGGGUGUUCAUCAAGUGA